AUGAACGCAGAGAACAUGGACGACACAGACGUGUUCGAGCGCGAGGCUGACAACCGUCGCCGCCUGGUCCAAGCCGCCGAGGACCUUGACAGGAGAGAACGAGACCAAGAAGAACGACGGCAACGGGAAGGGUUUCAGCCUGGUCCUCCACAUCACAGCAACGCUGGCUCGAUACCUAUUCACCAGCCUGUCGCGUCGAGGCUGCCUGGGGCAAUUCACACCAUUCACAGUCCAGGUGGUCUGCUUGCGAACCACGGCUCCUCCGGUCCGCCCAUGACUCUUGGAGCGCCCUCAGGGCCUGCCAACAACUUUGGCGGGCCCCUUCAACCGAACUCAAACCGUCCUCUCCCACACGGCGAGCCGAAUAACCCGUCCCAACACCAGAUGUUCGCCCCCAUCCCCCACGCGACGAACCCCCCGAGCACGAGUACCGUCCCGCCAGGCGGCCCCCCUCCUGGCUUUGGGGGCUUACUCCAACCGAGGGAGCCUCACCAAGCACUACAACAGAGCCACUUUGCCGGUGGCGCUGGCCCCACCGGAAGUGGUGGCAGCGGUGCCAGCAAUGGCGGCGGGCCACAAGGCGGCCAGCCUCCAACUCAAAUGCAGAAUAACCAAGGCCAAGGCCCUGGAGGGCUGGCCCAAGGACAACAACCGAUACUGAACGACGCACUUACGUAUCUUGAUCAAGUUAAGGUCCAGUUUCACGACCAGGCGGACGUUUAUAAUAGGUUUUUGGACAUCAUGAAGGAUUUUAAAAGUCAAGCCAUCGACACUCCAGGCGUGAUCAAUCGAGUAUCAGAGCUCUUUGCCGGCCACCCCAACUUGAUACAGGGCUUCAACACGUUUUUGCCACCAGGGUAUCGGAUUGAGUGUGGUACAGGAAGUGACCCGAACACUAUUCGAGUUACGACGCCGAUGGGGACUACAGUCCAGUCCAUUGCAGGCAGGGGGAAUCAUGCUGAUGGCCCGCAUGCCCAUCCAGGACCUGGACAGCCUCUGUUCGGUCAGCGCGGCGGAAACUGGCCGCAGCAGCCACCCCAACACAGCAUUGAAAGCCCCGAGGCCGCCUUCAGCACGCCGGUGCAGAACGGCGGGGGUUUCAACAAUCACCCCCAGGGGCUUGGUCCACCUUUCGACGGUCAUGGUCCUGGACAUCCGUCGCGCAUGCCAAAUCAGGCACCUGUUGGGGCGCCCGCUACAGCCGCGCCACCUCCUCGUAGCACACACACGCCAACUCCCGGUGCUGGGCCUGGGAUGAACGGCAACAAUGCGCAGCAGGGAGGACUGGAACGUCGGGGUCCUGUCGAGUUCAACCACGCUAUAAGCUAUGUCAACAAGAUCAAGAACCGAUUUCAGGACAAACCUGAAAUUUACAAACAAUUCCUGGAAAUAUUGCAGACAUAUCAGCGGGAACAGAAACCAAUCCAGGAGGUCUACGCCCAAGUUACCACGCUCUUUCACAGUGCCCCAGAUCUGUUGGAAGAUUUCAAACAAUUCCUCCCCGAGUCGGCCGGCCAAGCUAAAGGCACACCCGUUCGACCCAAUGACGACGUCCCUGCUCCCGUAACCAUGACCCUGACUCCCCAGCCGGCUGUCCGGGAGGGUCAGAAGAUGCCGCCUCUUGGCAGCUUCGCGCCGCCUGCGAGCGCCAGCAAGGAGAACAGCAAGAAGCGGCCCCGGGCUGACAAGCACACACCUGCUCCUGCUCCCGCUCUCGCUGAAUCUUCCGCUGCGGCGAAUAACCGAGUCGUUUCAGGGCCUCCAGUACCCGCCACCACCAAUAAGCGAGUCAAGCUCGCCCAUAAGCCCCUUGCCACCGAUGGCCUGACCAUAGAGCCCUCACUGACCCCCGUCCUACCCGAGCCUAUGGGCCUUUUGACUGCGACUACUACUCACCAGGAGGAGAUUGCUUUUUUCGAGCGCGUCAAGAAGUUCCUUGGUAAUAAGACUUCGUUCAACGAAUUCCUCAAGAUAUGCAACCUCUUCAGCCAGAACAUCAUCGACCGCCAAACCGUAUAUCAAAAGGGCGCCGUUUUUCUGUCAGCAAACCCGGAGCUCUUGCACUUCUGGCGGAUGUUUCUGGGCGUGGACCACAAGACUGAAGUGGUCAACAAUCGGCCGGCACCGCCAAGUGGCAAGGUCUCUCUGAGUAACUGCCGCGGCUACGGCCCUAGCUACCGACUUCUUCCUAAGCGUGAGCGCCUUAAGCCUUGCAGCGGGCGUGACGAGCUGUGCAAUUCGGUACUCAACGACGAUUGGGCCUCCCAUCCGACUUGGGCGUCCGAAGACUCCGGUUUCGUUGCGCACCGUAAGAACGUCUUCGAGGAAGGACUGCACCGCAUUGAAGAGGAGAGGCACGAUUACGACUACAACAUUGAGGCGAAUAUCAAGUGCAUCCAGCUCCUUGAGCCUGUUGCCCAACAGAUCAGUGUCAUGACUCCUGCUGAGCGGGAGACUUUCGAGAUGCCAAGUGCGCUACGUGGCUCCUCCAUCCCCAUCCUGAAGCGAGUCUGCAAGAAGAUCUACGGUGUCGAGAAGGGUCUCGAGGUAGUGAACGACUUGUUCGCCUACCCCCUGAACGUCGUGCCAGUUGUUCUGGCGAGAAUGAAGCAGAAGGACGAGGAAUGGCGCUUCUCUCAGCGUGAAUGGGAGAAAGUGUGGCAUACCCAGACCGAGCAUAUGCACCUUAAAAGUUUGGAUCAUAUGGGAAUCCAAGUGAAGCAGAAUGACAAGCGGACUCUUUCGGCGAAACAUCUGGUCGACGCAAUCAAAACGAAGCACGAGGAGCAAAGGCGGCAGCGCAGCCUCACUGGAAAGGCACCCCGUCAUCAAUUUGCCUGGCAUUUCGAUGAUAAGAAAGUUAUCGUUGAACUUUUGCGCUUCACGAUGCUGUACGCAGUCAACAGCGGCCAGCACAGCAUUCCCGAGAAGGAACGUAUAGCCGAUUUCUUCGAGACUUUCCUUCCUGCGUACUUCGACAUUCCCGAGGACGAGUAUGACGGCCAGCUUCCCAAAGUCCAGGACUCGGAGGAAGAUGACACGGAGGAGGCGGUGCCUACUGAGCUUACUCAUGGUCGGAGUCGCCGUAACGGUAAGAAGGCCGAUCUUCUCCGCGGCGUUCUUGACCCGGGCCGGAACGGCUCCAAGCCUCGCAGCCAGAAGGAAGACAGUGCCGCCUCCGGCAGCAAGGAGACGACACCAGAUGUCGGCUCGGCUAACGAGGAGGAGAUGCCCGAUGCCCCGAACGAGAACCGUGGCCCCGUCGUUUCAAACGAGCGCUGGCUCUCUACCGUGCCCCAACCCGUCGUCACUACGGGUGACGAUUCGGUCCUCGCAGCCGAUGGUGACCUGAGAGCGGACGGCUCUUUCGCUCGGCCGUGGUUCAACUUCUUCUGCAAUCAAACCAUCUACGUCUUCUUCAGUGUCUUGCAGACACUGUAUAGGAGACUCAAAGACGUCAAGGAUAGUACCGAAGAUGUUUCCGCUGAGAUCGCUCGUCUUAGCCGGCCCCGGGCAGCCCGAGACAUUGGCUUGACGGAGAACCCAAUGAACUACUUCGCGCCCGAUGACGAUCCGUCUACUUUCUGGCCGAAGACCGUGGAGUUGAUCGAGGAAUAUAUCGGUGGCGACAUCGACGAGGUUCGCUAUCAGGACGUCCUCCGCCACUACUACCUGCGUAACGGCUGGAAGCUCUACACCAUUCAGGACCUGCUUAGGAUACUGUGCCGACUGGCGUUGACGUGCAGCUCGACCGACUCCAAGGAGAAAACGUCGGAUCUCAUCCAGCACUACUUGAACAAUCGGGAGAACGAGACGAAUUGGCACACGGAGCUUGCAGCUAGGAAGUUUGCCGAGAAGUGUGUGAAGGAUGGUGAGAUGUUCGUUAUCAGCUGGUACCCCAGUUCGUCCGAGGCGCAUGUUCGCUGGCUGCAGCGGGAUGAGACCACCUUCUACAUGGAUGAUCUAAAGCAGAAGGAGCGGUGGCAAUACUAUAUCUCCUCGUACAUGUCGGUCGAGCCCACCGAAGGCGUCCCCCGGUCGCGGCUUCAAAAGACCGUACUGGCACGGAACCUUCCUGUCGGCGAAGACAAGCUGGACGAGAGCCAUAUUCCAAAACCGCUGGCUUACGUCGAAGGCCUGGCGCACAAGAUAUGUCUGAACUCGCUCAAGAUGGUGUAUAAAGAAGGCACUUCCGAGUGCUUCAUCUACGAUCAGUCAGCGAAGGACGACGAGGCUCGCGCUCGGCGUGCCCUAGUCAUUAAAGCGCACCAAAACAGGCGCAAGCAAUGGAUGCGGGAGAAGUACGUCCUCAACAGCAAAUGGAUGAAGGAUAUGAACCGCGCCGACGUCGAGAAGAUUAACGAUCAGUGGGUUCGGUGGAUCGAGGAUGGUGUUCCGCCUCCGGCUCCCGAUGAUGACGCCAUGGAUACCACGAAAUAG